AUGUCUUCACGCGCACUACGACGACUCCAAAAGAAACAGGAGCUCGAGGAAUUGGAAGGAUCCGACGAAUCCGAUCAGGAAAUUACAACUGCUCCUCAACAAAACCUCUUCGAUUUGCUCAAUGAAGGAAAUGACGACGACAACGACGACGAAGAGGCCCAGGAAUCAGCCCCAGAAGAAGAACCAGCUGUAAGCCCUCCUCGUGUUGCUAGUCCACCACCACCAUCCAACAAGACAAAAAGCAACAACAAAAAGAAGAACAAGAAGAAGAACAAGAAGGGCAAGGCAAAGGUCACUGAUGUAUCAGAGAUGACCAUGGAAGAAUUGGAUCAAGCACUUAAAGAGGUGGCAGGUGACAGUUCUACGGCAGCAGCAGCAACAGCUGAUGAUAAUUUGGAGAAGAACACGCAUGAACGUCGUGAAUUCUUAUCGGUCAACUAUCGACAUUUGGAUGCUGAAGCCGAGAUGAAGCGGAUGUUUGGAUCGCGUGUCGUCAACAAGGAGAGCAGGACAGCAGGACGUGUGCUUAAGCGUUCCAAAAUGACGACUCCCAAGGUGGAUUGGCCACCGUACAAGAAGCAAGGUCUUUCGAUGGAAUUGCUCAAGACCACCAGCAAUCAGAUAUCGUAUUUUGCCUUUCAACAUGAUGAUGAAUAUCAAGAUGCCCAACUCGAGUUUUUGAAUGGUGUGGCGAUGCAUGAUCCCAAUGCUUUGAUGGCUUUAUUGGCACGUCAUCCUUAUCACAUUGAUUGCUUGUUGCAAGUAUCUGAAAUGGCCAAACAAAGUGGUGACUGGAGCGUCGCAGGCGAUUUCGUGGAGCGUGCAUUGUAUGCAUGUGAACGCGCUUUCCAUCCCCAUUUCACAUUCAGCUCAGGCACAGCACGUCUUUCUUAUCAACGUUCAGAGAAUCGUUCCUUUUUCUUGGCCAUCUUUCGACACAUUCAAUUCCUUGCACGUCGUGGUUGUUGGCGAACCGCCUUUGAAUUCAACAAGUUGCUCUUUAGUCUAGAUCCUGAAGGUGAUCCCUUGGGUGCAUUGUUGUCGUUGGAUUCUUAUGCAUUGAGUGCACGUGAAUAUGACUUUGUUGUACGCAUGGCAACAACUUGGAAGAAUGAUGGUACCAUGUAUCCGGUGGAUCUUACCUCCAUGCCCAACUUUGCAUUCUCAGCCGCUUAUGCUCAGUACAAAUUGUCAUCAUCCGGAGAGGAAGAGUUGCAACAGGCUGUCUUAAAGUUCCCCACCGUGUGUUCAAAGAUGCUUGAAAAACUUGGUGAACCAUUGGAUGAUGCGUCCUUUAUGAAGAGUUUACCUGAGCCAUACCUGGAAUUGCUAGAGACAUUGUUUGUUGAGCGAACACAUGAGUUAUUCAAGGAGCCUGAGGUAUUGGCAUGGUUCAAAAAGAAUGCAUUGGCAGUGUCAAAUCAAAUCAAAGAGGCAACGCGAUCACUGGCAUGCGAGCAACAUGGCGCUAUCCCUCUCAGUGUCUCUCGUCACGUGGUGCUUACCGAUAUCCAGACGCUUUUGGGCUUUUUACCUUCCUCAGUCACUGGAAGCAGUUAUCACAUGUAUGAUCCACUACCACCUUCCGACUCUAUUUCAGGAUACGAUAUCAACGAUCGGAUGCGUUCAGGAAGAGGGGGUGCAGCUGCAGCAGGAGAAGGCAAUGGCAACUUUUUCGAAAACAUACUAGAGACCCUGUUGGCAGGUCGCCGAUUACCAGCACAACGAAUGCAUGAAAUCCGCCAAUUGAUAGAACGUGAGAUGCAACAAGGGGGUCGUUUACCAGGUGCAUUUCCCGAAGAAGAGGGUGACGAUGAUGGUCAACCAGACAUGGAUGAGCAUUUAUUGGGUGCUGUGACACAAGAAGAUCUUGAAGUUCAACAACUUUUAGCGGAUAAUGUAGAACAAGCAUUGCAAGAACAGCAACAGCAAGAACAAAGACACCAUCAACAACAACAACCCCCUAACCCAUAA